AUGGCUCUCAAAAUUCUAGUGUAUCUCCUCCCAUCCGACCAUAUUUUGGAAAAAUUUGUCGAAGAUUCACUGAUUGAUGUCGAACAAUGUAAAACUAGCCAUGAAUUAUUACAGAAUGUCAAUCUUUUUAGCGAUAGAAUCAUUACUAUAUUCCUGCCGUCCGAUAUUGCUAAACAAGUUGUGCCAAUGAUUAGUCUUUAUGGACAUAUUUCCCAGAUUAACAUCUAUUGUGACAACAAUACAAAAUGUUACGCGGAUUGGAUCAAUACACUUCAGGAUCAUAUAAUAUACAGUGCAUUUGCGAAAGAUGAUUUAGAAACUGAAUUGAUCGCGGCUAAUCUCGAGUAUUGUGACGCUCAAGAUGAAAAUGUUGUUCAUGUAUAUGCAGAAGCAAAGAAUAAUUUGAAGCAGAAGCUCGAGGACAAUCUUGGAUGCCAAUGGGCAAAGAGCUUGGAGAAAAAAUUGUCUGAAGAUGAGACUACCAAUGAUUGA